GCCUGGCUCUAGGCGAGGAGAGUCAGUAGUGAGCAGUGCGACAUGCAUAACACAUGAGUCUCCGCGACGGGUUUUACAAUUCAGAUCAGAGUGAAGUGAGGGGGAGAGUGUAAUGGCGACUACGACGUACAUGCCCGGUAGUACUGCUGUGUCGUCCGAGCUGGACGGAAGCGGAGUCGGAGUGAUGAACAUAGUGAACGCGAGCAUCGGCGGCGGGGGAUAUCACACGAGCCCGUCGCCGAGGGGCAGCGAGGGCGAAAUGAAAUACAUGCCGCCUUCCCAACACCACCAUCACCAUCACCACCACCAAAUGCCGACGUCGCCGUCGCCCAACAGCCACCCGGUGUCCCUGUCGGCGACGAAUCCGUGGGUGUCGCUGCAGCCCGGCUCGGGGGCCGAUCCGUGGGCCGCCUCGAUGGCCAGCAUCCACAACCACCAUUCGCACCACCACCAUCCCCAUCAGGCGCCUCCUGUGGACAUCAAACCGCAUGAGAUGCACAGGCAUCAGCAAGCGGGUCACGGGAUGGCGUCGCCCCAUUCGUGGCACGCGCCCGUCGUAUCCUCGGCCCACUACAGCACGGGUCCAGGAUCGCCGCUGCCCCAUCACGCCUAUCACGCGGCGAUGAACGGUAUGAUCGCCCAUCACCAACACCAACCUCCUCAGCUGCACCAUACGCUGAGAGACAUGCAGAAUCACAGUCCUUCUUAUCACCAGAGUCACCCGGACCAGCCGUCCGGCGGGGAAGAGGACGCGCCCACCUCCGACGAUCUCGAGGCGUUCGCGAAACAGUUUAAACAGAGGCGGAUCAAGCUCGGUUUCACGCAAGCGGACGUCGGCCUGGCGCUCGGAACACUGUACGGCAACGUCUUUUCCCAGACGACGAUAUGUAGGUUCGAAGCGUUACAACUCAGUUUCAAAAACAUGUGCAAAUUGAAGCCCCUCUUACAAAAAUGGCUGGAAGAGGCGGAUUCGACGACGGGCUCGCCGACCAGCAUCGACAAAAUAGCCGCACAAGGUAGGAAGAGGAAAAAGAGGACGAGCAUCGAGGUGUCGGUCAAAGGCGCCCUGGAACAACACUUCCAUAAACAGCCGAAACCGUCCGCCCAAGAGAUCACCUCUUUGGCGGAUACGUUGCAGCUGGAAAAGGAAGUUGUGAGGGUCUGGUUCUGUAACAGGCGGCAGAAAGAGAAAAGAAUGACCCCGCCGAACACUCUCGGCCCGCAGGACGGCAUGCUCGAGGGCCAGAUGGGACCGGGUCCUCACCUACACCAAUACCAUCAUCAGGAUCUGCACGGAUCGCCGAUGGGACCGCAUUCCCAUUCGCACAGUCCGCCCAUGCUCUCUCCUCAAACAAUGCCGACCCACCAGUCGUUGACGGCUCACUAACGUUUAGCCCAGUGGGAUAUUGAAUACUCCAGACACAUCUCCAAGAUGCAGCUGAGGGGCGACUACAUGUGAGAGAGCCUUACACUGUCUAGUCUCCAUCGCUCUCCUCGCAAGUCGCAUGGACUGUGAUUAUUUAAAAUAAUUAUUAUUAUAUUGUGCGUGUAUAUCGUGUGUGACCGUCUGGAGGCAUGGACAAGUUUCAGAUCCUACUGAUCGAGUUAAAGCCGAGCCGGCUUUCAUGGACCCUUCUCAUUUACGGGCUAUUGAAAAAAAAAACAAAAAAACAUUACUUGUACAUAGUAAAACAACAUAAAAAACGUGUUAUCUCGUCAAUGUGAACAAAUGUGUAGUUUCUAACCGGGAACAGACUCUGUUUAUAUAAUCGAUGUGUAUUUUCUAUAUUAAAUAAGUGGAGGAGUUAUGUGUUCUAUAUGAGCUAAAUGGUUAACAUGUCUUGUAAAUAAUUCUACAAUAUAUUUAGAAGCCAUGCCGUGUACAAAUAGGAAUAUGGUGAGUAGAACAUGUAGAUAUGAAGAUUAUUUUAAUUAAAAGAGAAGAAAAUUAAAAUCGAAUGAAAAGCUCUAGUAUAUCGAGAGAGAGUAUAAUACACGAACCCCCCCGAACAUUAAAAAAGGGCGACCUGGCUUUCAAAUGCCGAUUGUUUACUUUUAAGAAGGUUAAGAAUUCCGACGGUCGCUUUAAAAACAAAACAAAAAAACAAGACGGACUCAGUUAUAAAAGGAGGAAUCGGUGUGGAGCAGGUAGAAGAGAUAUUUCACCGGGAGGGUUGCCCCGGCACCCCCGAAGAGCCAAGAGGACAAAAACCAUCGCAUCUCCCCGGACGGCCGACAAGGUAGGACAAAACCAUAUUUUAUUAUGCUUUUGUUCCGCCUCAAUAAAAAUCUCUAAUGUGUGCAAGCUUUAACCCGCCCCGGAUCGCCUGAGUGUUAAAAGAGAGAAAAAUAAAAAAUCAAUCUCAAAAGUGCAAGUGAUCCAGUGAUUACAGUCAUGACAAAAUGUGAUUUUGUGUUCUUAAAGCCGUCUCAUUUUUUUUUCUAUAAAUUUUCUUUAAUUCCUUGGCUGUUUUACGGAUGCCGAUUUUUGAAAAAAAACCUGUACUUCUUAGUUACAAGCGCGAUGAGAGUUCUGUACCGAUUAUUUUCUUUUUCCUGAUAAAUACAAUUUUCAAAAAUUGUCUGACCCCCUGCAAAUGAACUUCUAACAGCGAGUU